AUGGACUGCUCUAGAUUGAUAAUAUUGGCUUGUCUGGUGGCGGCAGCAGCGGCGUGGUCGGUCCCUUACUAUCCAGUCCGGAGACCACUAAGAGUCGUCAGAUACGCACCUCUACCACAUCACAGAGUACCUGUUGCGCCCGCGCCCACGAAAUGGGAUCGGCCGAAGCGCGAUCACGACUUCGUCCACGAUCACGAUCACCAUGACCACAACUACGACCACGACCACGGCCACGACCACGACUACGACCAUAGGAACACGAACGGUGUCACCGGGCCGGUCCACACCUUCGUGAAGACGGACAAGAACGCCAACUACAAGUGGGGUGUCCGACACCACGUUGGGAACAAAUUCGCGCCGUGA